AUAGCUGUUGAGUGUGGGGAUCCUGGCAAACCCGCAAAUGGAAGGCAGAUUGUCAAGAAAGGCUACGUCUAUGGUGGAUCGGUCAAGUUUGUUUGUGAUGAGAAUUACACUCUAGUGGGGACUAAUGUUAUAUAUUGUCAAGCUAAAAAGAGUUGGAAUUCCUCUGUUCCACGUUGCCUAGGUAAGUGUUAUUGGUAAGAGAAAAUGAAAGACUUUUAUUCCGCUGACUGAUUUUAUUCAAACAGUUUUUAAAAGUAAAAAAAAACGACAGUUACAUUUCCCGGUCGUUAAAAAAUGAUCUAUACACAAAUUAGCAGUGAAAUAUUGUAGUGUUUAAACCAAAAAAGUUCGACAAUAGACGACGAAAGUUCGUUGCUUCAACAAAUUAACUUAUUGUCACACGGCCGAGUAAACAAAACUUUAUCUCUAAUCUGAUCAUGCUUUUUCCUUUUUUUGGCUUCGUAAGACCGGUGUACGUCGGAGGCUCCCCUCUGUAACUUUAAAACAGAUCAUGGCAAAUCCACCAAAAUUAUACCUAAUAAAUAAAUGUACUCAUCAUUUUCAACAUCUAGGGAUAACUGACGUAAUUUGACGUACUUAUGACGUGACAUUCGUAAGUUAUAAGCAAAACCCACAUUUCAUCUUUUCAUUUUUUCCCUAGGAGUAGCCUUAAAGAGAGAAACGCUAAAAUAGCGAAAUGUCUGAAUAAAUCAUGAAGUUGGCUAAUACACUGAUAAUCUUUAACAAUAGCAGUGACGUCAUGAUGACUUUGUUUAUUAUUAGAAAACGAACUGGAACAACGCCAUGUUGAAUCUGCAAUUUUGAAUUAAUUUUGUUUAAAACCUGUAGAAAUCGAAGAAACCGUGAUAUAAAAUAUGAUCUGUGUAUUAAAAUAUGCUUAAAAAGCCAAACUAAUAAAAAAAUAAUGAUAAAUAAAAUUAAAAAUACUUGUAAUUGUAAAAUUAACAGUAAAAAAGAAAGAAAAACUUCUACCAAUUAACAUUGUUGAACGCUGUUGAAAUUUGAACCCAACAUCUACCUCGUAAGUCAUUUUAUAUUCAGGUUUAUUUGAAUUCGCGAUUUCCGCUUCUCUCAUAAUACACCUCGUUUGCCCUCCAAAGUUUUGCAUAACCUUUGUUUUUCAUUUCUCCUGAGUAUUGAAAAACUGAGGACAAUGCUUUCAUCAAAAGGCUUGGAUUAGACUAACCAUUAUUGUAAACAAUUAGAAUGAUUGCCCCGCAGGGAUUUCGCCCAGAAGGCGAAAUCCCGGCAAAUAAAGUGAACUGAAUGUAAAAAGUGAAAGAGAAAUAGCGAAAUAUUCAACUUUUGAUUAAAUCUUUUCUUAUGGCUUAGAAAAAACUAUUCUCGAAACUGAGAAUGUUUUGAUAAAAGCUGUGUAAAUCGACCUGAAACUGUGCAUGGAACCUUGCGUUUCCUGUAUUUUUCUCCCCUAUUGUAUGGAAUAUGUGUGAAAACGGUUAAUUUCAAAGAGCUACACAACGAGCAAGAAUGCUAUUGCCCGACAAUAUACAGAGCGGGGGCAGCUGUAGUGUCAACUAUUACUAGUUCUAAAUUGAGCGUGACACACCAAUUCAAUACGUAAACCUUGAAAUAAAUCAUGUUUUACAGAAAAAGGCAAAUUUUGUAAAACAACGCUGUUAAACCUCGGCUGCCAGUUGGUAACGUCAAAGUUGACGUACAGGUCGCUAUGAUUUCAAUUAAUUUUCUUAUAGAUUAUCUUUAGGAAAAUUUGCUAAGUUUGCUGUCCUAGUUUGAACCAUUUUGAAGAUACUCACUGUUUAAAUUUUUGAGUUCCUGAAACGCCCCUAAAUGGUCUAAACAAGGUAGAUGCAAAAUCGAGAUUCACGAUCAGCCAAUGAGUUUCUUUUGUUCCCUUACUAUUUUCUGUUUCUCUUACGCUUUAUUUUUUUCUUUUUGAUUAUAUAAGCAAACUGUCGCUCACCUGGUGGUUUAAAUCAUGGUCUUAAAAUCGGUAAGAACUACACGCACGGAAAAAUAGUUCGAUACUCUUGUAACCUUGGGUACACACUCAAAGGCGAGGCUGAACUGACUUGUGUAGAUGGAAGAUGGAACACUGCCACUCCCAAGUGUAAAGGUAAGCGUUCAUUCUUGUUUUCCAAAAAAAAAAAACGCUUGUGUUGAUUUUGGAGGUAAAGCGGGUUGUUUGAUUUGCAACUUUUCAAAUUUCGUGGCAUAUUUUGGUAAUGGCUGCAAAAUGAAUUAUAUACCCCACAACUUUGAACUGUUAAAAGAAGAAUUAACUCGUGUGAGUCUAUUCAAGUUGCAGUCCAUUGCCAAAGCUUUACUUGAUACCCUGCAAUCUUCAUUUAUUGUAUCAGUCUAUUAUAUGUAAACGACAAAAGCUGAUGUACUUAUUAUAGCUGUUGAGUGUGGUAAUCCUGGCAAACCAACAAACGGAAAGCAGAUUGUCAGGAAGGGCUACGUCUAUGGGGGAUCAGUCAAGUUUGUAUGUGACAAGAAUUACACUCUAGUGGGGACUGAUGUUAUAUAUUGUCAAGCUAAUAGGAGUUGGAGUUCCUCUGUUCCACGCUGCGCAGGUAGGUGUUUUCCAGGGCUGCUUGAAAGUAAGAAAAACAGUGAGAUUUGACGGUUCUGGAAACAUUCAAAAGAAAAAAAAAUAUGAAAACUGUAGCUUUUUACCAAUACGUAUACUUAAGUUGAGAGUUAAGUACUGAAGUACUGAAUAAAAAUAAGUUGGAUUGAAAAAAAAGAAAAAAAGGAACAGUUCAAUCAAUUAGUUUAUUAUGAAAUUGUGGCUUAAAGUACAACUCUUUUGUUAAUUUACUUUUUUUAUUUUGCUAAGUUUGUUUGUUUUUCUGUUUGUGCUUUCCAUUUUUUAAUGAAGCUAACUGUCGAUCACCUGCUGAUUUAAAUCAUGGUCUUAAAAUUGGUAACAACUACGCGCACGGAAAAACAGUUCGAUACUCUUGUAUCCUUGGGUACACACUUGAAGGCGAGGCCGAGCUGACUUGUGAAGAAGGAAGAUGGAACACUGAUACUCCCAAAUGCAAGGGUAAACUAUUGUUUAGAACUGAGUUGCUUGCGUUGGUUAGGGAUUAAGUUGUUCUAUUUAAGUGUGCAUGCCUUUGCGUUGUACAAAUGGCGAUUGUGACUGUUUUAUAAUAACCAUCUCUACGUUAUUGCUCAUUAUUUAUGUUCGAAAAUUUAAAAGAAAAUUUUAAAAACCCUCAUCACUUAUAAAUUGGACAGAAUUUCAUUCUUAAUGUAGAUUAUAAAAACAAUCAUUUGUGCGUAGUUUGAAAGGAAUAAGUGUCGCAAACUUUUUUUAUACGUACAAAAUAUAUGAGUCCAUUCAAACACAAUUUAUAUCGUGCGCAUCUUUCCAAUUUGUGGUCUACAUUGUGCUCAAAAUCAUGUUGUAAUUCUAAGUCCGGUCAAACUCGGUCAGUCGUAAACAAUAAUUAUAUGCCUUGUCAUUUUAUUAUAGCUGUUCAGUGUGGUGAUCCUGGCAAACCAACAAAUGGAGAGCAGAUUGUCAAGAAAGGCUACGUCUAUGGUGGCUCAGUCAAGUUUGUAUGUGACAAGAAUUACACUCUAGUGGGGACUGAUGUCAUAUAUUGUCAAGCUAAUAGGAGUUGGAGUUCCCUUGUGCCACGUUGCUUAGGUACGCCCUAUCGAACUGGGAAGAACAGUGGACCCUUGCAUAAAUACAUUUGUGAUAGGUCUUGAUAAGUUUGUAUUCACACCUGCUUUCUGCAAGUUAUUUCCAUAAAAACGUACUUUAUCGAUUAUGCACACGUUCAAAUAAGUAUUGAAAACAAAAGCAUCUUCUGUAUCUUUUCGUUUUUUUAGAUCGAAGAUAAAAAGUUAACUGGUCGAUAUCUUACUAGAUCGAAUAAUUUUAAUCGUUGCGGAUUCUAAAACGUCUUGGGGUUUUCUUGCUUAUUUGCAUGCUCUCAGAUAUUUGUUUAGCUUUAAUUAAUUAAUUACAUGAAUGAAGAAUCAUUAAUUUAGUUAAUUAAUGAAUGGAUCAAUUUAUUUUAUAUGAAUUCAGCUUCCUGCCCAGAACCUGGUCGUAUAAAACACGGUAAUAAAAUCGGACAAAACUACGGACACGGUAAAACAGUCAGAUACAGAUGUAAUUCUGGAUACACACUUGAAGGCGAAAACAGACUAACUUGCGAUGAUGGAAGAUGGAAUUUGAAUACGCCGAGAUGCAAAGGUAAAUGAUUCUGAUUGUUUAUAAAUAGCGAGGUUUACUUCAUUUGGUAAGUCGAGAAUUGAUAUAUUUAAACCUUAGCUUAAGCAACUGCGCAUUUUACCGUUAUGUAGAUGUCUUACUAUCUAUCUUUUAAACAGACUUUUUACCACCUUUUAAGAAAAAAGGCGCUCUAUCACAUACAAUCUGUAAGAAUUUAGAAUUGCUAGCCCUCCUAUAAAUUCUCCUACGACGCGCUCGAAAUCUGCUUUGAGCCGCUGUCAAAAGCACUGUCUAUCUCACGAAGAAGUUACGGUGAGUUAGUAGGAUGUCAUAAAUUUCCUAAAUUUAUUUAAUAUUUAUAAUCUUUUUGCUAAAAACAAGCUUAAUUUGAUGUGUAUUGUAGAAGGGCCCCACAGAAGUUGCACCAAACUGCUUCGACGUCUCCGGAAGAAUCCACCUCAAAACACCAUUAUUGCUAUCAACAUUCGCCUCUCAAAGGCAAGAUACCGUUGUCGUAAAGGAUUCGUUUUGCUGGGGAAGAGUAUGCGAACUUGCAAGAGAGGAAGAUGGAUUGAAAGGGGAGAGCCCAAAUGUUUAGGUAACUACUUACUGUAUACAUGUAUUUUACUUGGGAAGUAGGAGUCUGAGAAAUGAGAGGAGCAAAAUUUUAAAAAAAUAGGCGGUGUCUACGAGAGAAAACUUUCUGUCUCGCCCAUAUUUCGUUUGUACCUGCAACGCAGACUGUUGUAUCUAUAAGUGAGUUUUUCAUUCGUUUUGACGCGCUUGCCAUAUAAUCUUCAAAUAUAGACAAGCGCGAGUGCACGAGAAAUAAAAAAUAAAAAUUGUUUGGUGGAUUUUCUUAAAUGCUAACUUUUGAGCACGGUCAGAAGAAAAAUUGUCAAUUUUUGUCAAUUAUUUGGAAGGGAAAAACUGAUGCGGGCAAAAUAAGUUGAAAACGCAGUCAAUGCAAGACGGCUCAGUUGUAAACGCCGUUGCUUUUCCUCGUUAGCUGGAAACUUUUGCAGUGCGAAUAGCCCAUGGAAUGUCACAAGGUAGCUUUAAGGCUCCAGUUAUUUCAAAGACACUAUGAUUUGUUGAUCAUCUGUAUUUUUCUUUGUUUGAAACUGUUGGCUAGUUUUUUAUCCUUCUUGUACUUAUUGCUUUUCCAGACUACUCCUCUUGCGGCGUGAGUCCAGUAGAUUUUAGGAGUCGUAUUGUUGGUGGAAAGAACUCUAAAAGAGGAUGGUGGCCAUGGCAUGUUGGAAUUUACAAUUCCCGAAGCCGUAGUAAAGGUUGAAGGAAAACUAGUUGGUUCAUUUCCACUUAGCUUUACAGAGAUUUAUUUUAUUGCUCAUAGCGAGGCUGUGCGGGAAACUAAGCCAAACUUCGUUUCCUCAAAACAUUCUCAUCGUGCAGUUUGACACAAACCGACCCAGUCCUAAUAAAGCGCAGCCUCAAAAUAACCAAUAAAAUGCUUAAUGUUUAAGUUCCCAUCUUACUCUCAAAAACAAUUUUGGUGCCCAAAUCGCAUGAAUAAAUGCUAUCAUUACCAUUCAAAAAUGUUUUUUGCUUUUCUUUCCGGUAGGUGUCAAUGUUUACACGUACAACAAAUAAGUUCGUAAAGAAAUCCAGGAAAAGGAAAAUGUACAGAGUCUCAAUAGUACAGAGGACAAAAAAAGAAAAUAUAUAUAACAUUUAAAGUGAUUGAGUGAAUAAGUAUAUAGUUGGUCAUCUAAGCCAUUGUCUUAAAAGUGAAACUGGAGGACUCAUAGGGCUCCCUUUUAAUUAAGCCACAUGAUAGUUCUGCAUCCAUGUCAAAACAACAGCAAUUUAACUUCCAACACCUUGCAAGUGCUUUGAACCUAACCAUGACACCCUUCUCCCCUCCAUUUUCAUCAUUUAUAUAUAAAUAUUGAAUUUGAAUUACACAGUUGAUGUCCGUUAAUCUAUAACUAUCUUUCUUGGUUACAAUUAUCUCGCUAUCUUGAGUACAGUUGAACCUCGCUCUACGGACGCCCGCUUGAUACGGACACCCGUAUAUAGCGGACAGUUUCGUUUGUCCUCACGAGAAAAAAGGUCUUAUAUUUUCUCUAAAAUUAACCCGCUCAAUACGGACACCAUGGAAUGUCCCGUCGUUGUCAAUUUCAACCGGGUUCUACUGUAUUACCAGCAAGAGUCAGAGAGGAAUAUCCUCUCGCUUCUGAGAGCUAUUUUAGAUUUCUUUUCCUUUUUUUUUUUUUUUUGUCCUUCAAAUAUUUCACAUGAAUUACAAAGCUUGCUUCUCUAUGGGUAGUGAUCUUGAUAAUCGCGUCACAAUUUAGAAAAUCGUGAAUGCGAAAUCAGUGAUCAUUUACAGUGUACACUAACGAAUCAAAUUCUGGACCGGUCGUCUUAGAAAAUAAAGAAAGAAAUGAUUAAAUAAAUAACCAUUUUCUGGCUAUUUCUUUUUUUCAUUCUUUACCCAGGUCCUCUAAAACCUGCUUUUAGUGGUGUGCUGAUUUCUCCUCGUUGGGUUCUGACUACAGCAUCGCGUUUCUCGGCUUAUUUAAGAUGGAAGCUCCGAUUUGACAAUAACAAUAGAGAUGUACUGUAAGUGCUUGAGGGCAUUUUUUUUUCUUGAAUUGAAAUGCUCACCAUCCAGUUAUUCAUCCACCCACCCACGUUGAAAGCCCAACAAGCCGAUUACUUAGUCAGAACAUAAAAAUAAAAAUCAUGUCAGACACCAAAAUGUCGAAUGCAUAUGAUCCUAAAUGAACAUAUUUGUAAUUCAUUAAUUCCUACAAAUUUCGAAACAGAAAUAACUGGAAUAACCAAUCCCAAUGGUGACGUUUCCACCGAAAUCCUUGGAUUUUAAGCACUCUUGAUUUUAUUAUCACCAAUAUCCAACAGUCGACAAUGGCAACAUUACAUGAAAAAGGAAAAUAGCUUGCUUUCAGGCUUGUGGGCAUAUGGGCAGGUGCAAUUUUAAUUCAUUAGUCUCUAAAAAAAAUUAUUCUUGCUUCUUCCAAACUUCUUUCAAAAUCAUGUGAUUACUUCAUUCUAAUCAAAUAGCACCUUUAUUCCCUUAGGUACUUUCUACAAAUAGGUGACCACAAUUUAUUACAAAAAGAGGAGUCCCAGCUCAGAAUAGGUGCAGAAAACAUUUACAUUCAUCCGAAUUUCACGCGUGCUACGUACGAUAAUGACAUAGCUCUCAUCAAACUCAGAACAGAGGUCAAGCUUGGUAAGUUUGUGCGAACCGUGUGCCUCCCACAAAAGCAAGAAGGUGAUUUGGCGAUUCCAAGAAAAUACGGUUUAGUAACUGGUUGGGGAGCAACAAAAGCCUUAAAGAUUGGUCAGGUCCUUACUCAUACGUACCGUUAUUCAAAUAUCCUACAAUACUCUUCUUUCAUGAUUCAACAAGAUCAGAUUUGUCAAAGGAGCACGUCGCACCGUUUUAACUCGUCAGUAACCUUCUGUGCAGGUGACGGAAAAGGAAGGCAAGAUACCUGCACUGGUGACAGUGGAGGACCAUUUGUUCGAGAGGCACGAAGAAAGGACGGAUACAGAUGGAUCGCUACUGGUCUUGUCAGCUGGGGGGAGGGGUGUGCGCAAAAAGAUAAGUUCACCUUCUACACCAGAGUGUAUCCAUUCAUUAACUGGAUUAAGAAAACUAUGGAUGAAGGUUGA